AUGACUGUCACAAACAACAUCCUCAUUACUGGAGGUGCUGGAUUUCUGGGGCCCAUGUUGGCCGCCAAGCUUUCACAGGAUCCCUCAAACAGGAUCUUUUUGACAGAUCUGCACGAACCUCCUACACCAAAAAACCUCGCUGAUAUUGCGAGAUGCACUUGUAUUGCCGCCGAUAUGACAAAAUCAUCUCAUAUCGACCGUUUACUUGCUAGUGCCCCAGAAUGGCGAGCCAUCUUUAUCUUCCAUGGCAUCAUGUCCGUGGGAUGUGAAGAGAACCCAGCACUGUCCCAACUAGUCAAUAUCAGUGCCACACAGUCGUUGCUUGCAGCGGUUUCUAAGCUGAACAACGGUCCUCGCAAGCCUAGAGUUGUAUACGCCUCGACACAGGCUGUGUAUGGACCUCCCUAUACGACUAGUGGAACUAUCACCGAUGACACCCCUGCCACGCCUAUUGGUGUUUACGGUACACACAAGCUCAUCACUGAGUGCACUGUCAACGAUAUGAACCGCCGUGGCCUAAUCGAUGCUUUCAGCGUUCGUCUACCUACUGUCACUGUUCGCCCAGGAGCACCAAGUCGUUCAGCUGCAGCGUUUCUCAGCGGUCUUAUUCGCGAGCCUAUGGCAGGGUUGGAAUGUGUUAUUCCUCUAUCUGAUAGAAAUGCCAGGCAAAUUAUUUGCAGCCCAAGGGUUAUGAUUGAUAAUCUAGUUACCCUUAUCUCGGUACCAUCUGACUGCAUGCCGUCUCAUAUCCGCGCUAUCUAUAUGCCUGGCAUCUCUGUCACCCUUCGCGAAAUGUAUGAAGCUUUUGAGGCGGUUUGCGGUGCUGAUAAGCUCAAACUUCUCCGCGAGGAAAAAGAUAUCGAAGCAGAGAGGUUAUUGAAUAGUUGGCCACAGACUUCGGACUUUGGUAAUGCGCAUAGAAUUGGGUUGGCUUUUGACAAGAAUUGUCAGCAGAUUUUCCAAGAGUAUGUUGACUCUUUAUGA